AUGUGAGGAACCGAUAGAAGGCGGGCCAAAGCUGAAGGCGAAGUGUCUCAAUGCGAUUGGUAGAACCAUUUGCCAAUAGCAAAGGGAGACUUCGGUGGCUUACUGUCGACCCAUUGGUCGAGGCGGCCGUCUGUCAGAGUUAGCUGCGUGCUUCCGGCCGAGGUGGGUGAAAACACAGGGCGAAGUGACAGGCCGAGCGGCGCGAUGGAAGCGUUAGACAGUGAGAACAUGGACCCCCUUCAGUGGGACACCAAGCUCAGCGAGCUGAAUCUCUCCACGGGGAAUUGCGAUGCUUUCUGCGCGACGCACUUCACAGAGAUGUUGGAUGAAUUUUCCAAGGACAUGCUGGGCCAUCUUUUCAACGAUCCUUUCCUUUCUGAUAAAAAUGAACUGAUGGAUGCAGAGCUCUCACCUGCUCCUCAUAUUCAGGCUGAACAUAGCUAUUCCUUAGCUGGUGACUCCAGACCACAGUCUCCACUCACACAGCUUUCAACUGAAGAUGAUUUUAGUGAAGAAAUGGAGUGUGAAUCCUGGUCAGUGAGCUCUGAUCUAAAGCCAAUCACAAUGAAACAUGAAGCUCUUCUCUCUGAUAACUGCCUUGCUCCUUCAGUCACCUUAACAAAUGCAGUGACAUCUACAGUCCCGGAUGUUACACUAAACACAUACAAGUUGGGCGUAUCCUCGGUGAAUGAGUCUGGCCUUGAUUCAGUUCCCACUUUUCAGACUAACAGCAGCGCUCAGAAGGUUGUUCCAAAGAUCAAGUUGGAGCCCCAUGAGGUGGAUCAGUUCCUCAACCUGUCUCCAAAAGAAGGAACAGAUAUUGUGCAACUACCACCAACUCCACCAAGUAGUCAUGGCAGCGACUGUGAGGGUGGACAAAGCCCAACACGUUCUAUUCAGUCACCAGAUCCUGUUGAGCCACAGUCCACAGGAAAAGUUAUAACACGUGCACCAUCUGCUUUGUCCAGUUCCCCUCUUCUCACUGCACCACAUAAGUUGCAAGGUUCAUCAGGACCUUUGAUUCUGACAGAGGAGGAGAAACGCACACUGAUUGCUGAAGGAUACCCAGUUCCUGUCAAACUGCCACUUACAAAAGCAGAAGAGAAAGCACUCAAGAAAAUACGAAGAAAAAUUAAGAACAAAAUCUCUGCUCAAGAGAGCAGAAGGAAGAAGAAAGAAUACAUGGAUACACUGGAGAAAAAGGUAGAAUCCUGUUCAAAUGAAAACAGUGAACUCCGUAAAAAGGUAGAAAAUCUGGAAAAAGCAAACAGGUCCUUGCUCCAGCAGCUGCAGGGGCUUCAGGUUCUGGUGGCUGGGAAAGUGCCCAGAUCCUGCAAAAUGGCCAGUACUCAAACCAGCACUUGCUUGAUGAUUGUGGUGCUGUGCUUUGCCAUUGCGUUAGGGGGAAUAAGUAACAAAUUCGACCCAUUCUCAUCUUCUGUGACGAAAACAGUUGUACCUGUUCAAGAUUCCACACAAGAAUCAUAUGCAGCCACUGUUCGCUCAAGACAUUUAUUAUUUUAUGAGGAGCGCCUUGGCUUUGAAGAUGAGUUCAGUUCAGUGAUGUCGACAGAUGCCUGGGAGAAAUUAGCUGAAUCUGUCAGAGAAAGAACGCGACUGGCACAGUUCCUCACAGUCAGGGGCUCAGCACAGAAGCAGCAGGCACAGGAAGCAGUUGUACACACGCAGCCACCAGCAGAAGAAUAUAUAAUAGCUAACGAAACGGGAACAGAAAAUUCAGUCCUGAUAGAGCUCCAGUCACAACGGGGCCUUCCCAGUGUAGGGAUUAAUGGAACUGCUGUGGAAAUUGACAGAAGAGUCAACACAACAUCAUAAGAACUAUAACAUGGCUUCAAUCCUGAUGUCCAAUGGAAGCAAUCCCUUUUUAUAAUACCCAACUCGGACUACCCAUCAACCUUCCAGGAGAAGAUCAGAAUCUUAGUGCAUUAUUUUCUGUUCUACUUGAUGCAAGCUUGUUUAUUAAUUUAUAUAAAUUAAUAUCUGUAUGUGUCAGAAAUCUUGAGUCACAACAUACAUCUUUCUUGCAUUGAUAGCUCUUUAUAUCACAGGCUGAGUGCAGCAAACCAUUUACUAAAAGGUACUUAAGAUAUCAACAUCAGAACCCGCAGAAGAGAUUAGGUAGAGUUUCAGUUAAUUGAUAAGUGCACUGUCAAUUUGUCUUGAUUUGUUCUUUCUAAGGAGAAAGGAAGUUAACUUAUCAGUAACCUCUUAUAAGGACUGAAAAUGCAAUAAACAAGUUUUAUCUCCUAAAACUUGUUUAUUUUCCAACAGUUUUUGGUUCUUUUGUUUGAUGAUUUUUUUGUCCUCUCUGUGGGUGCUGGCUGACCUGCUGUUUAUUUUUUUUUUAAGGAUUUCCAGCAUCCACAGUGUUUUUUUAAUUUUUGUUCUCUUAUUUGCUUUAUUUAUUCUUUUAUGUAAGUGAAAACUUUUGUCAUUAUCAAAAAGUGAAGUCAAUUUGGAUAUUAGCCCUGCAACAGGCUCCAAUUGAAUUCCCCUACCAUUUCUCACCUGUCAGGCACCACCACCUUCCAAGUCUUGCUUUACCCCUUCACAAGAAGAUCAACAACCUUAUCAUCAAAUUACUGAACUUAGUGUGAUUAAUUGUUUCCUGCCUCUUGCAUAAAUUCGACAGCGGGGAUAGAAAACUCCCUACCAAUUUCAUCCCUAAAACGAGAACUAUCAGCAUAUCUUCUAAAUUAUUCCCCUCAUCAGGAGAAACACUUGAUCUCACUAAUCACGAUAUUCUCCACUAAUGAGCCCUUUGGAGGUUGGUUCAGCUUCACUACCUUUCGUGAUCUCUAAGUAUUGAUUCUACAUCGCCUUUCUCUACUGCCGGGCAGUAAGUGUAACCCGUUGUCUUCUACAGCUGGCAGAAUUUAAAUAACCUUUGGUAGUUCGGUUGCUAUUUAGCUUUAAUCUCCUUUUGGGUUUUAGCAAUUUUUUUUUACCAUGACUUGCAUUUUAUAUUUUUAUAAGUAAAGAUCUGGAAACAAGUUUGUAUUUUUUUUAUUCAGAUCUAGUCUUUUCUGAAAGAUCUGAUGUUAAGUUUUGUUGUCCAGAUUUCCUGGAGCUUUACUAUUGUGUGCCCCACUGUUCCUUUAAAGUAACCUGUCGCUACCAGGCAAAGACUUGACCUGUAAUUCAGUAAAGCAUUGGAAAACCUCUGAUACUUGUGAUUUUUUUUGCUGGAGGAAUGGUCUCCCUGCCUAUGGUUUGAGCAUAGUGCCAGUGCUUGACCAAAGAGAACAUAUCUCACACACAAUGGGCCCAAAUAGCUUCUGUGCUGUAACGUUCUGCAAAUCAUUCCUGCCAUUCAAAGAUACCAGUGAGUUAUGACACACUUGAAGCACUAUCAGUGACAACUUUGCCUCCUAUCCAUAACACUAUGGAAAUAUUCUGACCUCCCAUCCGUUCAAAAUUAUGAACCCAACUUUUAAUUAAUUAUACCUAUUUAUUUAGUUGUUACUAAGUGGUAGACUUGCUUUUUUAUUAAUGAAUGAUAUUUGGCAAAAUGGAAGUGAGCGAUUUAAAAAGCAGAAUUUAGUGGUGGUCUUAAUCUUCCACCUAAAAUGCUUUGGCUGAUAAAUGAGUUCAUCAGCUAUACUAGUUAAAUGAAAAUGAACUUCAAGUAAAAGAGUGAACAUGAAGAUUUUCAAUCAGUCCACGUACAAACGUUUGUACAUUAGCAACCAAAAGUCCCCAAUAAUAUCAUACUUUACUCUUCCAAAAUUAUUUUAGUAGGGUCAAUUUAUCCCCUAUUCUCAAUGUAGGAAAGCACAAUACGUGAAUUUUAACCGGAUCAAUUAUUUUCUUGCCCACAUAACCUCUGGUGACUGGUCAGCACUGUAAGAUGUUGAGAAAUUAGAAUUGUGUUUUGUCUGUUAUGGUGCACUGACUUUCCAUAAAGGCAAAGUGUACUCAACGAUGUAACAAACUUAGCAGCAGCCUGACUGGAACCAAGACUUAGGAAUCAUCAUAUGUGCGUUGGGAUGCUGCAGAAGUUUAAUCGAUGAAUGCCAUGCGUAGAUAAUUGCUGAUCUUCCCACUGUGUGCCUGUCCCUGGCUUUGUUACUGCAUUGCCAAGGUGGUUGUUGAUGGUUGAUUUGAUUCACUCUUCCAAUAGCAUUUAAAUCCUGCCAUGAGUAUCAUCAUAAAGCUGUCUUGAUUCCAAAGAGAUUUUUUUUCAAGUUUUAAUGAUUUUACGUCAGUAGCAUUAGAUGAAAUUUACCGAUUUUAAUCUCUGUAGUUAGCCAGAAUGGUCAAAGAGAUUUUGUUUUGUUCUUUAUAUCCAUGUCAAUGCAUGUAAAAAAAAACAAGUGCUGAAGAAAUCUGCUCCAAGUUUGAUGGCCAGUUUUCAGAAAUAUGCUCAUUUGCACAUAUUUUCAUGGACCAUUUUACGUUUGCAGUUAUAUUUUCCCUGUUUAAAAAAUCAGAGUUAGUAGAAAUUGGAAAAAGCUGGUUAUACACCAAAUCAACUUCUGGCUUCUUUCAUUCGAAUAUCAGGACCUUGCUUUGGUCAGUUGCUUCUUUCUACUGCUUUUACCUUGCCUAUAGUUGAGUUGAACCAACACAAAAUGAAUGAUAUUUUAGUCCUUAAUUGGUGAUCUUCAGUAAAUUAAAACAAAAACAUUUGAAUGAAAACAUUAUUAGUUUCUCCUGAAGAGUUCACCUAAUUCUGAUUCUGAUAAGCAUCAAUUUGGAUUGAAUGGUACUGACCAGGAAAAUCUUAUUUAUAAACUCCAAUAAUCUGGCACCCUUGGAACACUGGUGCCAGACAAGCAGAAUUUCAGACUAUUGGAUGUUAUAGCACAACAUUUUGUUUCUGUUACAUGUUAAAUGCUUGUGUAGUAUUUUCCAGUGAAUCUGUUGAAUGUAAAGGGAGCAGGAGAUAUAAAGACACUCUGGACCCUGCUCCACUGUCAAACCUACCUUAGUUCCAGAUCUGGUUCCAGCUGCACAACUGUUCAUAGUCCAGACCCCAACACUGCCAUGCACCCUAUGUACACUCCAAACUAAUGAAUGAGUCAGGUGCUGAACUAUUAGGAUUUAGUGAUAUUACAGUUUUAUCUUCCGUAUUAUGAUGGGGUGACAUAUCUAUUCUUUGUAUUCUAUUGUUUAAUAUUUUGGCCACCUUGUCCUCUCUAACCUUGACUCUAAGCUCUCCCAGACAGUUAGUCUUGGUUAUUGGGGAAAAGUGAAUUGCUGGUACUGUUUCUAUUUCUGAAAUGACUCAGUGCACCUCUCUCAUGCUCUAUGACAAUGUACAAGAAAAAUCUGAUCAUUUCACCCCAUUACAAGUUUGCUUAUUUUUAUCUACACUGCUGUGGUCUUUGAUUUUAAUAUUUCUCUUUUUCUUUAAGGCAUUCAGAACUGGUAGCUAAAAGCUGCCUCUCUCACCUCACUGCUUCUUUUCACACACACUUUUACUUUACUAUGUUGAUCCCUUUGAGGAUCUCGUACUUGUUGAGCUAUUCAUCUAAUCCAUGACGUGGAAGGCUUGAAAGCAUCUAACCUUUGUCUUUUUCUGGGUCUCCUAUUCCUUACAACUUUAAUGUUGUCUGGGCACUGUGUCAAAUCGAAUCAGUAAAUCUUGUACCUCUGUGGUGCCUAAUGUACUACAUGGUUUUUGAAUCAGUUACCCUCCCUGUUCCACUUAAAAUGCUCUAAUAAACUUGCUAACAAAGAUAAAUUCUGGAAUGCUCAUCUGCUGAAGCUGGUUCUACAGAUUUUAAAGUGUCAGAGUUGGGUAAAAGGCUCAUUCAGCUUGCUUUUUUUUUUAGGACUGUUAAUAACAGAAGUCACAGUAUCUUACAAUUUUUAAUGGAUUUUAAAUUAUGAAAUGUAUACUGUACACAGUGAAAUGUUUUUAGUACUUCUCUGCCAGGUAGAUUUAAGAAAAAGAAAAUCCCAAAUUUAUUGAUGAAUUGUGCAGAUCUUGUGAGAAGAAUGAAGCCCUCAAAGAAAUAUCAUUGAAAGUUAUGCCUUAAAAGGAAUGUCUAGAAUUAUUUACUGAAAUAUUACUAUACUUUAAGCAGAGCCUCUCCUGAAAGAGAUUGAAAGAUGUUUUUUUUAUACUGGAGUGCAUGGAACUGUUUACUAUGUUAAACUCAUCUAAAAUUAUAUGUGUAGGUCUCCACCCUGGAUAUCUAAUUUUUUUAGAUUAGUUCUUGAUCUCUUUACUACUCAUUUUCUUUGUAAAUGCUCCAAACCACCAAAUGUAUCUUAACCAUAAGUGCAUUAGCCAAAAAAUUAGUACAUCAGCAGUUUACUUCAGUAGUCAAAUAGAUAAAGCAAAAACAUAACACAUGCACCAUUGAUCACCAGCAGAUAAAUAUGAUUGUUCAACCAUUGUCUUCUGCUUUUAUUUAUAGUUCCCUUGCGUUUGUUCUUUGUAACCCAUGAAUACACACUGCUGCCAUUGACAUACACUACAUGUGUUAGGAUGGAAGAAAUUAUUUCUUCACAAUGACUUCAACACGAUCAAACAUUUCACAAUAAUACAUGUUUAAAAAGCACAAAAGUUUUAAUCAUUUUUUUCACAAGAAUGUUCUGAGCAUGCACUGAGUCACUACAUUAUAACCAAAAUACUAAAUAUUGACAGGAUUAAAAUGGAAAUGUUUGUUUAAUUUGAGAGCUUGCCGUUCCCUUUCUCAGCUGCUCGUGUGUUCUACAAAGCUGCAACUCCUUGAAAUUUCAUUCAUACUUUCCAGGCAUCUCAAUGAUAUGACAAUUUUCGGUGUUCAUCCAUAAGCAUGCAAGGAGUGCAAUUUGUUCACAACUGAUAAUCUGCACAUUCAAGUGGAUUACGUGCUACGACACCAUGCUAACUCAGUACUGAGACUUUCGUCUACACCCAAAACUAUAGUUCAAUUAUAUGCAAAGACGUUAUUAGCUAUGAUCCUGCUCUAACAUUUGAUUAUAUUUAAACUGUAAAUCCUCAAUUUACUUAAAUGAAUACUGGCAACAUAAGUCAAAUAAACAGUAGAACAGCAGUGUAAGUGUAUUGGGUCGACAGUUACUGGUAAUCCAAGAUGGGACCAGCCUGUUGUGAUGGUUUAGAAUUUCAGAGGAAGAGAUGAACCAGUAUUGAACUCCACCACAUUGCCUGACUAGCUGAACAUGUAUAAUUUUUUAAUAUCCAUUUUUUAUGUCUCUUGAUAUGAUGUAUGUGGAGUGCUUAUCAGAAUGCAUCAAGCAUUAUUCCUGACUUUCUGGAGUAGAAAAGUUUAUAUUUUAUUCUAUACAGAAACUUUUUUUCCAUUAAUAAUGACUGUCUUUAUACAUAUAAAUUGUAUGGUAUGCUUCUGUCCAUUGCAAAUAAAUAUUUUCAGUAGUAAAAUAAACUUUAUAAGA